AUGACUUCAGACUUUUAUUUUUUCGAUCAAUUUUCACAUGGAUCACAUAUUGGUGGUGUUCAUCGAUCUAAACGAGAUACAAAAGAUUUAAAUCAAGCUUUAUAUCAUGCUAAAAUAGCAUUAUCUAUAACCGAUGAGAAUUCAGAUAAAACAGAAUCUAAUAUACCUACUUCAACUAAAAAACAAAUAAAUCAAAUAACUAGUGAUAUUCUUUUACAAACAACGUUACGUCAAUUAAAAACACCGAUUAUACCUGAAAUAUUAAUCGAAGAAUUAGAUAAAAAUAUACAGACUUUCGAUAACAAAUCUAAAAGAAGUUCAUUAUCCUCGAAUCCAUCAAAAUCUCGUAAAUCUUCGAUUAUUGAUAGUAAACAACAUAUUAAUCAUGAAGAUGAAUUAAUCGAUUCAACAACAAAUUUACCUAAAGUAUCUUUACCAAGUUUAUUAAUUGUUCAAUUAAAUUCAACAUGGUCUGAUCUAAUUCAAGAUACGGAAUAUAAAUAUAAAGUGUGGCAUACAAAAGCUGGUAAAGAAGCAUGGCGUCAACAUGUUCAAGAAAAACAUUCACAACCAAUGAAUCAUCAAAAACAACAAAACAUCACUGAUAAUAAAUCGAUUAUUCGUCGUCAAACAAGUUCACGUUUAAACUCUUUGUCAUUAACUAAUCUUUCUCAUCGACAAUCAUUUAAAACAAAUUCAAAAAUACGUUGGAAUCGACCAUUAUCACGUACAUCUAUAAGUGCAAGUAAUAUGCCACAAGAUAAUCAACGUUCAUUAAAAACAAUGCAGCAUCAAGGAGCUUCAGAAAAUGUAAUAGAACCAAUUAAAAAUGGUAUACAUGUUGAAUUUAAAUUAUCAACACAAAUAAAUGAAACAAAAGAAAGAACAAAAUCAUUAGAUGAACAAAAUAUUGCUUUAUUCGAUGUACCAAAACCUCAAGACAAUUUUGAUGAAGAUAUGAUUACUUUAAUUCAAAAUAAAUGUAAACGUCUGUUAGCUGAAACAAAACAAAAAAUACUUGCAACGACUAAUGAUCAAAAUAUAAAAUAUCAAAAACUAUGUCGCAUUUGGUUUUAUGAAGAUAAUCAAAUUACUCGAAAUAAAAAUAAUUUUUUAACAUUAAAUGAAUUCAAUCGACGAUCAAAAUCUAAAUUUGCACUCGCAAUUUUACGACAUGAAAUUCCAGAAAAAUAUAAUAUUGAUAUUGAUAUAUCUCAAACAAAACAUAAAUGUUAUAUCGAAUUACCAGAUGGUUCAAGUCAAAUAUAUUAUCCAUCUGGUCGUUUAGCUGUCUUACGUCUUCGAUCAUCAUAUUCUACAACACUCUUUUUCGAUGAUACAAGUUCAAUAGGAAAUCAAUUUCUUGGUCUUGUGACAUCUACUGGUAAUGUACUUUUAAUGCAACCAAAAUUUCAUGCGCAUUUUAUUACUGAUAAUCAACAUGAAUGUUCUUAUUUAUGUAAUGGUAAAACGGGUAUUAUAGAAAAACAACUUCAAUGGUAUUUAACAAAUAAUUAUCAAAGAGAAUCUAUUGCAAUUGAUAAAGAUGAUAUUACUUCAACAUUGCAUGAUAAUACUAUUCAAUUACAAUUAAAUUCAUUUAUGCAACUUGAAUAUUAUAAUUCAUCAAAUAUACGCUUUUCAUUUACAUGUCAAAAUGAAAAUUUUUUUUUUCAAUUAGGUAUUCAUUUACCAAAAAAAUCAUCAUUAAUAUCAAUAGAUUCAACAAGAACAACAGUUUCAAUGAAAAAAUUUUCUCGAGAUAAAAAAUUUCAAACAACAACAACAAAAAAUUCAAAUGAUAUGUCAAACGUUUUAGAACAACAACAAAUACAAUCUCAACAAUUAUUCGAUGAACAACUUCAUUUUCAUCAAUUACCAAUGAUUCAAGAAUUAAUUCUAUUAAGAAAACGUAUUGAAAAUAUAUGUCAUAAUUGGCUUAAACGAUAUCGAGCAGUCUUAGGUAUUAUGGAUAUAAAUUCUUAUUGUUUACCUGAUUUACCAGCAGAAUUACUACCACAACCAAUCUUAACACAGACAAAAGAGAAAGUUGAUAAUAUUAAUCGUAGCAAAAGUGCUAAACAACUUGGACAUGUUCCAAUAUUAACAAAACGAGCUGACUUGGUUCAAUCAAUUGACAAACAACAACAAUUUCUACAAACACAUUCAACAGAAAAAUUGGAAUUGAAUGCCAUAGAAAACGUAAUCGAACAAUUUGUACCUCAUUCGGAUAUUGGUCGAGCAAUGAAACAACGAAUUUGUACAAAUGAUAAAAUAAUCUCAACUAGUUUACCAGCUAUUAAAUAA